ACUGAAAACCUGAAUACGGAACUCGAGCAGCAGGUCUGAGUUUCUUAUUCUCAAGCAGCAACAACUGGAGAGGGAUCCUAGUGUUACCAAGGGGAGCAAACACUCCUGCGAUUGGAGAUGUGGAAGUCUGUAGUAGGACAUGAUGUAUCUGUUUCCAUGGAGACCCAGGGUGAUGACUGGGACACAGAUCCUGACUUUGUGAAUGACAUCUCUGAGAAGGAGCAACGAUGGGGAGCCAAGACUAUUGAGGGCUCUGGACGAAAAGAGCAUAUCAACAUCCACCAGUUGAGGAGCAAAGUGUCAGAAGAGCAUGAUGUCCUCAAGAAACAGGAGAUGGAAUCAGGGCCCAAAGCCUCCCAUGGCUAUGGAGGUCGGUUUGGCGUGGAAAGAGACCGAAUGGACAAGAGUGCUGUGGGCCAUGAAUAUGUUGCUGAGGUGGAGAAGCACUCUUCUCAGACUGAUGCUGCCAAAGGGUUUGGUGGCAAAUAUGGAGUUGAGAAAGACAGAGCAGACAAGUCAGCAGUUGGCUUUGAUUACAAAGGAGAAGUGGAGAAACAUACAUCACAGAAAGAUUACUCUCGUGGUUUUGGUGGUCGUUAUGGAAUAGAGAAGGAUAAACGGGACAAGGCAGCUCUGGGAUAUGACUACAAGGGAGAGACAGAGAAACAUGAAUCCCAAAAAGAUUAUGCAAAGGGAUUUGGUGGUCAGUAUGGAAUCCAGAAGGACCGAGUGGAUAAGAGUGCAGUUGGCUUCAGUGAAAUGGAAGCUCCAACCACAGCUUAUAAGAAAACAACACCCAUUGAGGCUGCUUCCAGUGGUGCCCGUGGGUUGAAGGCAAAAUUUGAGUCCAUGGCUGAGGAGAAGAGGAAGCAAGAAGAAGAAGAAAAGGCCCAGCAGAUGGCCAGGCAGCAACAGGAGAGAAAGGCUUUGGUAAAGAAGAGCCAUGAGGUUCAGCAGCCGGCGACCUCUGUGGAAGAGCCUAUAAUGCCAGCCCCAAUGCCCAAGAAAAUCUCUUUGGAGAACUGGCCUCCACUAGGAAGCUGUCCAGCUUCAGAGCCUGAGCCUGUGAAAAUCAUCAGGGAAGACCCAGUGCCUUCUCUGCCUUCAAGACAGUACCCUCCAGAGGACAGUGAAGAGCCUCCAGCUCUGCCCCCCAGAACUCCAGAGGGCUUCCAGCUGGAGGAAGAGCCAAUAUAUGAAGCAGAGCCUGAGCCUGAGCCUGAGCCUGAGAAUGACUAUGAGGAUGUUGGGGAAGUGGACACAAAUCAACAGGAUGAUGAAGCAGAAGGGGACUAUGAGGAUGUGCUUGAGCCCGAGUCAUCUUUUCCCUCCACUCUGACUGGAUCAUCAUCUGGGCCUGCGGCUAGGGUCUCGGCUGUAGCCCUGUAUGAUUACCAAGGAGAGGGAAGCGAUGAACUUUCCUUUGAUCCAGAUGACAUCAUCACUGACAUUGAGAUGGUGGAUGAAGGCUGGUGGCGGGGUCGUUGUCAUGGCCACUUUGGACUCUUCCCUGCAAAUUAUGUCAAGCUCCUCUAGUGACUGGCCCUCCCUGUUUCCUUGUGCAUUGACUUCCCUUGUCCAGUGUGCCUCUGUCUCACUCCACAAUUCCUUCUGCAAGUGUUUAAUAGGAUGUCACUAUUUGCCUGAGGUUCUAGGCAGACUCUCCUCUGACUUGUGGCAGAGAUCGCAUGAGGAAGGUGUCAUUUUCCCCUCAGUGUCCUCUCUACCAAGAUGAGAUAAUGGACAUUUAUACUAUAGUCCUGCCUUCUUCCUUAUGAAUGCUCCCUCUAACACCCUAAGCUCUGACUUCCUUUGUUUAUCUCUGAAUAUCUUGGUUACUUCCCUGGGAAGAUAUAUCUCAAUUGCUUGGUUUGCCUGGUUCUUUUUGCCAGCUUUCCUUCCCUGCCCAGAUAUCUUUGAAUUUUCUCUCUGUUCAGCCCUAAAAUUGGAAAUAAAGUAGGACUGAAGUUCA